AUGCACCGCCCACGGCCUCCUCCAUCGGCUGAACAACAUCAUGGCCAGAAAGCCGAGCCCUCCUCCCCCUGCGGAGAUGACCACCGGCCCCGUUGCAGAGACGUGGUGCUACACCCAGCUUCCCCUUUAAGGGAUGAACCCCUACAUCAGCAUGAGGCUAGCAUGAGGCUCCCCAUUAUGACUGAAUGGCAUCGGCUUUGUGAGUCCUGCAUUCUGAAUGCUCUCAGUGUGAUACAGAAAGACGCAGCUCGCAGACACCGACGUGGCCGCCGCCGCCACCAACAUCAGGGCGUGCUGGCCAUCGGCAUUCAAGAAGGAAACAGCCUCCAGGAGGCGAUUGACCGUCUCUUAACUGGAGAAAUGGCGGUCCUUCUAGCGGCAGAGGAAGAGCAAAGCCUGCGACGUCUGCAACAGGGCCUCCGCAGGGAUGUAGGAGGGUGGAUUAUUGGAGUAGAGGAAGCCCACCACCUCCUCCAGCGGCUCAAUAACAUCAUGGCCAGAAUGCCGAGCCCUCCUCCCCCUGCGGAGAUGACCACCGGCCCUGUUGCAGAGUCGAAAUGGGGAAGGGCUGCAGAGUACCAGUCUUACAAUAUGGCUAUCCUGGGACAUUUGUUUGAAGUCAUAACUUUUGUUAUCAUCUCUGGCCAGAACACCAUGAAAGUUCCUGAAUGCCGCCUGGCUGAUGAACUCGGAGGAUUAUGGGAAAACUCCCGCUUCACCGACUGCUGCCUCUGCGUGGGUGGUCAAGAGUUUAAAGCACACAAAGCCAUUCUGGCAGCCCGAUCACCUGUGUUUGGCGCUAUGUUUGAACAUGAGAUGGAAGAAAGGAUAAAAAACCGCGUCGAGAUAAUAGACGUGGCACCUGAUGUCUUCAAAGAAAUGAUGUGCUUCAUCUACACCGGCAAAGCACCUAAUCUGGACAAGAUGGCGGAGGACUUAUUGGCGGCUGCCGAUAAGUAUUUUCUGGAACGCCUGAAAGUGAUGUGUGAGGAAGCUCUCUGCAGCAACCUAUCUGUGGAGAACGCAGCAGAGAUCCUGAUCCUGGCUGAUUUACACAGCGCUGACCAGCUGAAGACCCAAGCUGUGGACUUUAUCAACUACCAUGCAUCUGACGUUAUGGAGACAGCUGGGUGGAAGUCUAUGGUUGUUUCCCAUCCACAUCUGGUAGCAGAAGCAUACCGCUCCCUGGCUUCAGCCCAGUGUCCUUUUCUGGGCCCUCCACGCAAACGUCUGAAGCAAUCCUAAGUUCCUGCAGGACCUUCCAUCUUUCUCCUGAAGUCGAUCCUUAUUCUUCAUCCCACCGUAAGAGACAUCUGGUGGUCAUUGUAGAAGGAAUCGGAGAGUAAAAGUACAGUUGGCGCUACCACUACAUCGUGUGCUGCCACCUAUAUUUCACCUUUCGUACGAAUGGAUGUCUUCCUUCUAUACCGGAGAAAAGUUGGAAUACAAGACCUCCUGCAGAACUAUGAAUUUUAUGGACAUAUUUCCGGACUUAGACAUACCUAAUCACAACUGGUAGCAGAAGCCUAUCAGUUCCAGUUUUCAGUUUAUUAUACUUUUCUGGGUCCUCCAUGCAAGCAUCU